UUCGCAGGUGGGGAGGAAGGACCCCCAACCUACAAUCGACAAAUAAGACCAAAGUUCAACAAGAUUUCGGUGAUCGCGACAUGUCAUCAUUUGAAUCCGUUUGAAGCUUCUCCUUCGAACCAAUUGUAUCUUCAGUUCAUCUAGUUGUCUGGGGCAUUACACACCCGAGUGUGAACAUUUUCAGGUCCUAUCAUGCCCAUCAACACUCAUGAGGUGAUGAGCCUUUUGGGCCAGCUUGCUGAUCAACAAGGUAUAAAGGUGGCUGUCCAGUAUUCCAUGCUAAGUGGCGUUGCUGUUGGUGUAUGUACAGCAGUCGGAGGAAUUCUGAUGGGACCUUUCGGGCUUGCAGUCGGAGGCACUCUAGGAUCUGUGAUGGCUGCAUUCAAAACAAGUGGACAUUUCAAACCAGUGUCGAGAGUAAUUCUUGAAGACAUGACACCUAUCCAGCAGACUCAAUUAGCUGCUUCCUGUAUGAGAAUCAUUCAAGAUUUCAGGGUUGAGGAUGUUGCGAUACUUUUGCCUUUACUUCUCAACACACCCGCAGCACAACAAGCUCUUCUGACUCAAUUAACUGCAUAUAUAACCAAUGAAAUGAAAUUGAAAAUCAUUGACUAAUGUAUUUUUAUAGUUGACUUUAACAGACUGAAAUUUAAUGCUGAUGUGAUAUUUCUUAUGUUUACAGUUUAGUCUUGUAGGUUUAUGCUUAAGUUAACAUUAUUAUCAGCACCCUCCAAUUUGUUGUAUUAAUAUCUUUGAAACUCUGCUUGAAUGAGUUGGAAGAAGGUCAUCAUGUGAUCAUUUUGUGAUUGAAUUUAUGUAGUUUUUAUUUGCUCUCAAAUUAGUUGAUUGAUUUUUUGAACUGUAUGUUUUGAGAGGAGAGGAAUUCUCUUUUCCUCUGUUUCUUGUUUAUGAACUAAAUGUAAAAAAAAAGAAAGAAAUUCUUGAUUUAUUUGUUCUUGUUUGAAGAUUAAGUAAUUGCAUCUCUAUGUACGCUUCAUGGGAGAAAUUUCCUUAUGUUAGAUAAACUCUGAGGCAUCUCAACUUGGGCACCAUGUACUUUACUUCCCUCCUGUGCUUCAAUAAAAUUCUCAUCAUUUCAUCAAA